UGAUUGUUUUUGUACAUUCUAUGAAAUAAACCCUCACCAGUGAGUUACACCAUUGAAAACUUGUACACAAAUCAGUGUCGCCAAACAUAUCAUAUGUGUAGGAUAAUUUAGCCCUCUGUAUGAUCAUAAAUUCCACAUGUACAAUAAUUUGAGUUAUUCUGAGUAAUAAAAUACAAUCUUCUAUUAACACAUGAAAAAUUACAGUGUUGUACCACUUCAUAUUUUUUCAUAUGUAGAAAAAGUACUCAACAUUGUUCAGCCAAUACAUGAUGGUAAAAUAGGAACAAUGUAGAAAAAGUUAUAAAUGAUUGACAUUACUGUCUGUUGAGUGCAGACCCAUUGUUUAUCCACUCCAAACAGCUAGGUGCUGUUCUGUAAGAGAUGCUUGUUUCAAUCAGUGCUAGAUUCUUUAAAGCACAAACUAUUUUAAAGAAUAUAAUUUUUCACUAGGCUAUUGAAGCUGUGGGUCAUCAAACGCGUCAGGAUGCAACUAGUGUACAAUCGUUUUUCUCAAAAUACUACAAUUUAUUACUUUAAAAUUUACCCACACUGACACGAAUCCUAUUAGGACCACUUGAUGGCGCUACCACUGAAGAUAGUCCCAGUAGAAGUCUGCAGUCGCUCUUGUUCUCUAACACGUUCUUUAAUGUGAUAAAAGCCCCUGAGCCUCUAACCCAGCGAUAUUACUAUUAAUCGUAUCAGUCACUGAUCAGCAUGUCUGGAAGAGGCAAGGGAGGCAAAGGACUCGGAAAGGGAGGUGCCAAGCGUCACCGUAAAGUUCUCCGUGAUAACAUCCAGGGAAUCACUAAGCCUGCCAUUCGACGUCUGGCUCGCCGUGGUGGAGUCAAGCGUAUCUCCGGUCUAAUCUACGAGGAGACUCGCGGAGUGUUGAAAGUGUUCUUAGAGAAUGUCAUCCGUGACGCAGUCACCUACACCGAGCAUGCCAAGAGGAAGACUGUGACCGCCAUGGAUGUGGUUUAUGCUCUGAAGAGACAGGGACGUACACUCUACGGAUUCGGAGGUUAAAUGACUUUAUGACACUGAAACAAAGGUCCUUUUCAGGACCACCCAAGUCUUUCUGAAAAGAGCUAAGUUCCAUAAGGUAGUGUUGAAAUAAGUGAUAAUAGGGGAAAUUUCUUCAAGUGUAUUGACGAAACGGCGAUACGUUAUCAAUGAACUUUACUGCAGGUACGGUUGCGCAAUUUGGAACUGUAGGAUGUCAAAGGAAGAUCCCGUCUUUCUCAACCAACUGAUUGGCUAGAAAGUAGCGAUGGGAAUUCCGUCUCUUUUUAGAGAGCUGGUUCUUUUCGCUCGAUUCACAUUUUCUUAAAAAAAAAACUGAAGAUCUGGCUGUAACCGCUCAGUGCGGGGAAACUGUUUCCUCUCACAAAAUAGCCAAUGGUAGGAGAGCCCUUCCAGCCAGAGGUGAGAAAGACGGGACCUUCCAUGGACAUCUUACAUUUCAAAUCACGUCAGCCGCGUUUAAACAUGUGAUCACACAACCAUUGGUGGUCCAAAAAAACUGCAUGCACUCAGUACAGUAUGUGUAAAAAUCAAGUUAUAUUCGGCUCACUAAAUUCUUUGAAACUGAACAAGCACAAGUAGCAGUUAGCUCUCUGAACACGACUAUAAUAAAAUUUGUUAGGAGCCGGCUCGUCAUUGGGAGCCGUCCCCUCCCCCCUCCCCUCUUGCUUUGGUGAAAGCUACA